ACCCAGGCUGGGGGCUGCGGGUGGCAGGACGUCCUCGGCACAUCUGGGCGGGCUCAGCGGCUGGCGGGUCAGUGCAGUGGAUGCGCCUUGGCUUGGAGCCGCAGCCUCCACCCUCGGGUCCCGAACCCCGCCCCCAUCUCGGGCCCUCCUUCCCGAUCCCGUCCCGCCCUCUCUCCUCCUCUCACUCUCGUCCCGACUCCCUCCCGGCGCCGCUAGGUUUCAGGCAGCGACGGCGCGCUGACCCCCCCGGUUGAGCUGUCCGCAGACCCCCGGCCCGGCCCGGCCCGGCCCCGCGCGCCAUGCAGUGCGGCCGCUGCUGGGGCUGCCGACGGCGGCUGGAGGAGCCCGCGGUGCGGGCCCCGCUCACUGCGCCCCCAGACGGCGGCACCAAGAGGCUCCCGCAGUGCGCGCUGAAGAAGAUGGGCCUGACGGAGGACGAGGACGUGCGCGCCAUGCUGCGGGGCUCCCGGUUCCGGAAGAUCCGCUCGCAGACGUGGCACAAGAAGCGGCUGUACAGGCUGCAGGAGGACUGCCUGAGCGUGUGGUUCCAGCGGGGCCUCCCGCACGCGCCGUCGCAGCACAUCUUUUUAGUGCAGCACAUCGAGGCAGUCCGCGAGGGUCACCAGUCCGAGGGCCUGCGGCGCUUCGGGGGCGCCUUCGCGCCAGCGCGAUGCCUCACCAUCGUCUUCAAGGGCCGCCGCAAGAACCUGGACCUGGCAGCGCCCACCGCCGAGGAAGCCCAGCGCUGGGUGCGCGGCCUGGCCAAGCUGCGGGCGCGCCUGGAAGCCAUGAGCCAGCGCGAGCGCCUCGACCACUGGAUCCACACCUAUCUGCACCGGGCAGACUCAAACCAAGACAGUAAGAUGAGCUUCAAGGAGAUCAAGAGCCUGCUCAGAAUGGUCAAUGUGGACGUGAAUGACAUGUAUGCCUACCGCCUCUUCAAGGAGUGUGACAACUCCAACAACGAGCGGCUGGAGGGGACUGAGAUUGAAGAGUUCUUGCGCCGACUGCUGAAGCGCCCCGAGUUGGAAGAGAUCUUCCAUCGGUACUCGGGCGAGGACCAAGUGCUGAGUGCCCCCGAACUGCUGGAGUUCCUGGAGGAUCAGGGGGAGGAUGGCGCCACACUGGUCCAUGCACGGCAGCUCAUCCAGACCCACGAGCUUAAUGAGACAGCCAAGCAGCAUGAGCUGAUGACCCUGGAUGGCUUCAUGAUGUACCUUCUGUCACCUGCGGGGGCUGCUCUGGACCCAGCGCACACGAGUGUGUUCCAGGACAUGGACCAGCCACUCUCCCACUAUUUCAUCUCCUCCUCCCACAACACCUAUCUGACCGACUCUCAGAUCGGGGGGCCCAGCAGCACAGAGGCCUAUGUUAGGGCCUUUGCCCAGGGAUGCCGCUGUGUGGAGCUGGACUGCUGGGAGGGGCCAGGAGGAGAACCCAUCAUCUACCAUGGCCACACGCUUACCUCCAAGAUCCUCUUUCAGGAUGUGGUCCAGGCUGUGCGCGACCAUGCCUUCACAUUGUCCCCAUACCCUGUCAUCUUGUCAAUUGAGAACCACUGUGGGUUGGAGCAGCAGGCCACCAUGGCCCACCACCUCCGCACCAUCCUAGGGGACAUGCUGGUGACAGAGGCGCUGGACUCUCAGAACCCAGAAGAACUGCCAUCUCCAGAGAAGCUGAAGGGCCGGGUCCUAGUGAAAGGGAAGAAGUUACCAGAUGCUCUGAGUGAGGAUGGCCGGGUUUUGUCAGACCGGGAGGAAGAGGAGGAAGAGGAGGAAGGGGUGCCAGAGGUUGUGGAGCAGAGGCGGCAGGCCAAGCAGAUCUCCCCGGAGCUGUCGGCUCUGGCCGUGUACUGCUGUGCUGCCCGCCUGCGCAAACUGUGUCCAGCCCCUACCCCACCCCAGCCCUGCCAGGUCAGCUCUCUCAAUGAGCGUAAGGCCAAGAAGUUCAUCCGAGAGGCAGGGAAUAGCUUCGUCAGGCACAAUGCCCGCCAGCUCACCCGUGUCUACCCACUGGGGCUCCGGAUGAACUCUGCCAACUACAGCCCCCAGGAGAUGUGGAACUCGGGCUGCCAGCUGGUGGCCCUCAACUUCCAGACACCAGGCUAUGAGAUGGACCUCAAUGCUGGGCGCUUCCUCGUCAACGGGCGGUGUGGCUACAUCCUGAAACCUGCCUGCCUGCGAAGACUUGACACGACCUUUGACCCCGAGUGCCCUGGACCCCCCAGAACUACUCUCACCAUCCAGGUGCUCACAGCACAGCAGCUGCCUAAGCUCAAUGCUGAGAAGCCAAACUCCAUCGUGGACCCCCUGGCUUCAAUCCCCGCUGGGGGCAGACCCUGGAGUUCCAGCUGCGGGCACCAGAGCUGGCUCUGGUGCGCUUUGUGGUGGAAGAUUACGACACUACCUCCCCUAAUGAUUUUGUGGGUCAGUUCACACUGCCACUCAACAGUCUGAAGCAAGGCUACCGCCACAUCCACCUGCUCUCCAAGGAUGGAGCCUCAUUAGUGCCAGCCACCCUCUUCGUACACAUCCGUAUCCAGUGCACCUGAUGGCCUGGCUGAUGCACCCUGGUACCAGGUGACAUUUGUGGCAGAGCCCUGUCCUCUGGUUGGAGGGACAGUGGGAGUGUCCCUCCCAUUGCCCUCUCCUGACUGCCUGGUUUGUCCCUUUACCAGGCCUGGUUGGGUUCCACUGGACACCAGGGCUGAAGGACAGGUGGUUGACCUUUCCUCUGUAACCCUGCAGACUUAAGAUGGUCUCGGCUCUUUGGGUUCUCAGCUCAACCACGUGGUCAGGCCUGUGGCUGCCAGGAGACUUGGGGGGCAGGACUCAUGGACACUCAGGCCCUCUUUCCCCAGAGAGGCCAUCCACUCUCCUCCCAAAGUUCAGCUACUCCUCUGUGCUUCUACCCAGGCAUGAGUCAUCCCCUCUGACUCCCACCUCCCACCACCAGGCUUUCCCUGGUUCCCUCUAGCUAAUGAGCUUGAACUCCAUCCUCUUAAAGCAGGAUGGGAGCUCAGGCUCAGAGCCCUGGGGAAAUGUAGGCGCAAGUUAACACAUGUAGAAGAGUGCUGGAGACCUGGAGUAGACGAAGACUAUUUAAGGGCUAGUGAAAUAGCUCACUUAGUGUGCUGCUUUACCAUGUCCACAACCCAGCUAGAGCCCUGCCUCCAGCACACUGAAGGAAUCUUCAGUACUAUGGUCUCUUACACACACACACACACACACACACACACACACACACACUCUC